AUGCUUGCUACAAGAGCACUGCGAGCGGCCCACGGGCCCAAGCCCAACAUCACCGGCUUCAACAUGCGAGCCUUCAAGGAGGCCACCGGCCAGCCCCGAUACGACCCAUGGGAGAGAGCCGAGGCAUGGCGGUACAAGGGCACCUUUUCCCGCUGGAACAGAUUCAGAAGCGGUUUCCCCGGUCUGGGAAUCGCCACCGUUGCGUUUACCGGAUACUGCGGCUACGAGUACCUCUUCCUGAAGGAUGAGCACCACGGCGAGGUUCACGGCGAGGGUCACCACUAA